AAGAAGAGGUCCGCCUCUUGUCCAAUCAGAGGAUACGUUGCUUCAUCCAGUGCGCAGGCGCUGCGGAGUAGCUAGUUCAUGUGUUGUACGUCGCGUCCGGUGGAGGUCACAGACAUCUGAGAGAAACCGAGGUUGCCGUCAUGGCCAAGCUGUUUGAAUCUAUUGGGAAGCUGGGGCUGGCCCUCGCCAUCGGCGGAGGUGUUGUGAACUCUGCCCUUUUCAACGUUGAUGCAGGACACCGGGCUGUGAUAUUUGACAGGUUUAGAGGAGUGCAAGAGGCUGUUGUUGGUGAAGGGACCCACUUCCUUAUUCCCUGGGUGCAGAAACCUAUUAUUUUUGACUGCCGCUCCCGUCCACGCAACGUGCCUGUCAUCACAGGCAGUAAAGAUCUGCAGAAUGUAAACAUCACAUUGCGUAUUCUCUUCCGGCCGGUGAGCAGCCAGCUGCCACGCAUCUUCACUAGUAUUGGUGAGGACUAUGAUGAGAGGGUGCUACCAUCCAUCACCACAGAGGUCUUGAAGGCUGUAGUGGCUCGGUUUGAUGCUGGUGAGCUAAUCACCCAGAGAGAGCUUGUGUCUCGCCAGGUCAGUGAGGACCUUACGGAAAGAGCCUCUACCUUCGGCCUCAUCUUGGAUGACGUUUCACUGACACACUUGACCUUUGGCAAGGAAUUCACUGAGGCUGUUGAGAUGAAGCAGGUGGCUCAGCAGGAGGCUGAAAGGGCCCGUUUUGUUGUAGAAAAGGCAGAGCAACAAAAGCAGGCUGCCAUCAUCUCAGCAGAGGGAGACUCUCAAGCUGCCUUGCUCAUCGCCAACUCCCUAAUGGAGGCCGGCGAUGGUCUGGUAGAGCUGCGUAAGCUGGAGGCAGCCGAGGACAUCGCUUUCCAGCUCUCCCGCUCUCGCAAUGUCACUUACCUACCCUCAGGACAGGGCACGCUGCUCCAGUUGCCCCAGUGAUAACAUCUCACACCGUGUCCACCCAACUCGUGCUGUCUCCACCCGUUACAUGGGCCGUGAAAGGGGUGGUUGGAGGAUUCAACAAAGGACUCUCCCGACUUCACACACACAUUCCUCCCACUCUUUCUCUAACCAACUCUGGACUGGGCUCUGCUGAUUGUAGGGUGGCGGGAGACAAAGUGAGAGGUCUGAGGUGGCUACAUUUAUGAAGUCCACCCAUGUGUAUGGAAGUGGAGAGGGGUUAAUAGCUCCAUCGCUCCACCAGCGCACGCAUAUACAUAUAUAUAUUAGUACUUUGUUUUCAAUAGAAUUGACAAUGCAGUAAAUUCUCUAAAGAUUUGUCUUUGCCACAUUGUUUCAGAUUAUGAGCGCUACAUGUGUGGAAAGCAGCAGUGUUUUUUACAUCAAGAGAAAACAGUCUGAUUCCUUCAAAAGAUUAGCCGAUAAAUUGUGAACGAUAAAUGCUGUUACUCUGUUAUUGUUGUGCUCAAAUCUGAAACAAAAGAGAGGCUCUUCUUUGGAUUCACACUUUAAGACAUAACUGAAUAAAGAUGGUUUAUUCAUUUGAAAUAAAUACUGUGUUCUGACUUGCUAGAUGGAUAAGAUUUCUGCUUUCUAGCAAAUUAUGUCUUCAUAAAUGAUUAUUGCCACCCCCAUUCAAUUGGAAUGUGCCUGUCAGAAAGUAGAUAAUGAUCCUUCAUUCUCUACUGUUGUCGCCGUGUCUUUGGUUUGUGUGGAGACAGUAAAAGCCCCGUGUUUCAGUAAUGGCUCGACUGAACAAUAAAAUUGUCUUUCUACCU